CUCAAGUGGUUUGAAAGUCUGUCCAAUCUCUCCAUCCGUCGUUCAUCAGACAAGACAGACUCCAAGAUAACCUCAAAGCCUGAUGGGCGCCGCAGUGACACAACUUUGGGGGCCAACUCAGUUGAUGACAUGGAUACCAGCCUCCACAGUCCAGGCUAUGCUCGCUCCAGUGACAUGUACACACACGUAGGUACCGUGCCUCGAAAGGAGAGGCAGAAAAGCAGCAAGGGGUCAAAUAAAAAAAGGAGUAGCAAAGGUGAGAUCAGUAGAGGGCAGAGCCAGUGUCAAGCUGGGGACUAUGUACAAGAUUCUCCUCUUCUGAGUGCCCUGUCUAGUGCCCAUCUUUUUUCUUUAGAGAAACCAUUGCCUGGUGGCCUUACAGGGAAAACACUGCCAGUGGUUCAGGCCCCCACCCACUCUCCCUCACCCAGCUGUGACACAGAUACACUGCCAUCCCGUAAAGGCUCAUAUGAGGUACCCAAGACCUCAGCACUUAAUAAACCCUCAGGAAAUCAAGAUCCACCAUUGACAAGUGAGGACCACUCAGGGGUCAAUGCAGCCAGGACCAGGACCAAUCCUUGUGUGCCUGACCCUGCCACUAUGCCUUCCUCCCAGAGCACUCAGUACUACUCUGGCCCAGUGUCACCCACAGCGCUUACCAAGGACUUGUAUGAGGUGAUGGACCCUAUUGUAGAGGUGGUCCACAGAGAUACAGAGGAGAAGACACAGGAUGAUGAAAGCAGGACUCUGGGAGAUUCACAGGGGAUGGAGACAUUUGACUGGUGAGAAACUGAUUUAUCACAACACAAGGGAUGUGUGUGAGAUGAAUUGAUACAUUCUGUAGCCUUUAUAUUUAUUUUUCAAAGAAAAUAUCGAAAAUGUUAUCUGUAUCUCUGAAUUCAAGAAUUUGUAACUGACAGACAUAGGUUUUGAAGAAUGGAAUGACUGUACUCUAGUGCCAUAUGUUAUCCUGCAAAAGUGGUCUGAAGUGAAGUUGCAUUAGCCAACCUACACUGUAAAACCAUGAAACAUGUGACAUGUAUAAAAAUUAAACAUCAGGCAUUUCGAUUUGCCAAUAAGUGUUCUCACCUUAAACACACGCGUUUAGAAUGCAAGACUAAACAUGAUAGUCAGCUUUUUCCAGUGAGUUUCCAACCAAGAAAACGCCUGUAUCUCCUAAGUGUUCAGAUUUUAAACACUAGUGUUUACUUUCCCAUCGUCCUGUUUAGAGUGCAUUCAGUCAUUAGAAAUGCCAUGCCUAUUAAUCAGAUCAGUGUUAGGAAUGUCUGUCACCUUACCUACAUUUCAGCACAACGGAACAGGACAUUUGAUUCAACAAAUAUUUUCCAUCGCGUGGUGUUGCUACGCGACUGUGUUGAGUUCAUUUCUGUUAACUCUCUGAGUGGAAAUGAUUUUUGGAGGGGACCAUUAUCAUAUUCACCUGCAUGCUUUGUUGCAGGUUGAUUUUUAGAAUCGUUUGUUUUAAUAUCUAUGUUUCUUCAUGCACAUUAAUUGAUUGAUGAAUUUAUCUUAUACUAUACAAAGAUAAAUAACUUACAUUUUUCUAAACUAAUCCAAUAUGUAAGGGGUUGGACUUACUGAGAAGGUUGUUCCAGUUUAGAUGGCUUAGGUAGUCUUGUUUUAAAAGUCCUUCACCAUAGCAGGCAUUCUGAGUGCAGGUUGUGGGUGAUAAAAUAUUCCAAUUAUUGGAUAUCCUCCCUCUGGCUGGAUUCCAAUAGGCAUGAGGAGUUUGAUGUGGCCAAUGAGCCAGGAUUUUCUGACCACAAUAUUGAGGAUUACUAGGCCAUAUGAAAUGUAUAUGUGGUCAUAAAGGAUUUACUUUUAAAUGAAACACGUUCACUUAGGCAGUCACCUGGUGAAGGCUCCAGGAAUAUAAAUAAUUGAAUGGAACAACCACAGUCAUGGGUGUCACAUUCAGUUAAAAGGCAUGCUGGGAAAUAUGCAACUAUGGCUUUACACCCAACAGUGUUAAAACAACACCCCCUCGAAGUGUUACAGAAAAGUGUUUAGUUAAGUGUUCAGAUCCUGAACACUUGGUUUGACAGUGUAUCUGUUUCUCGAGGUGGGACGUAUAAUUAAUCGUGUUCAAAAUUGGAUGUGCCCAUAAACCUACAUUUGAAAGGUCUUGUAGAAUAGCAAAACGAUAAUUCGACUCCGACAAUAAUAAGCAUGGGCUGAAGGUUCCUCCCCUGCACUGUCUUUGCGCUCAGCGCGUGGACGGGAGCAGCCUUUGCUCCUCAUGUAUUUCAGUUCAGUUCAGCGCAAUGACUUGAGAUCCUAGACUGCUAGAGAUGUGCGAAACUCAUGCUAUAGGUUACGGUUCGAUUCCGUCUCGAGUAUUUACUACCAUGGGAAUAAGGUCAGAUUUCUAUAUUUCUCAUGAUAACACAAUUCCACCACUUCAUGGUGGAUCUACGUUUGAUGGAUAAAUUCAGGUUCUAGUUCAUAGGUUGUUUAUUGCCUUGACUGCAUAACUUAGUCAUGUUCUCUCUGAGCACUUUCGUUUGAAAACGGUUUGUUUUUAUGUUUUGGACAUUGUAACAUUCACAGAUGUUGCAUUAAUGUCAUUUUGUUACAUUGUAAUAACAUCUUGCAGUUGCAGCCUUCAGCCUGCACACUGCACAAACAACUAAUACAUCCUAGUUAAUUAUAUUCAAUAGCUGCAUGAUGUCCUGAAGUGACUUACUGCCACACAGUAUAUCUUGAUAUACAUGAAUACAUCUAUUUUCUUAUGAAACAUUAAUAAACCAUAUUGGCAUGAAAUGUUCAGCUUCGGACAGUGAGCUCUAGGUUUAAUGUCCUAUGGUAGCCUCGCCUAUAGUGGCUGUUUGUCAUUUGGGGAGCGGGGGAAUGGGUUAUGUAAUGUGUAUUGCUUAAGGAAUUUGGACGUUUUCCUGCAUUUCAGCGAAAGGAUGACAUUAUUACUGAGGCUGGCCAGUGCUCUUUGUCCAGUGAGUGGCGACCAUACAGUCUAUGGUCCAGACUGACUUCUGAUUGUCCUAACAGUUAGUUGAUCUCUCAGCCAGUUGAACUUGACCUUAUGUUCCCUGACAUUCCCCUAGGCCAGGGGUCCCCAAUUACAUUCAGCCGUGGGACGAUUUUCCCUUGAGCGGAUGGUCGGGUCUGAAACAUAGUUCUAAAUAAUUUUUGCACUGCAAAUUUACCACAAGAAUCCCAAACAGAUAUAGUAUUUGAAAAUAAUAAUGAUGAUUACAUUGGGAUACGAUCACAUAUGCCUCUCUAUUUAUGCAUGGGAAUACUUGGGAACAGAUUUCCUAAAUUAAAAUCACUUUGAGCUAAUUUGCUGGUUAUUUUGCAGAAAUGUCCAACAACAAAAAUCACCCCGUGGGGCUGCAUAUUGGGGAACCCUGUCCUAGACAUUAUGUGCAGACCGGGAUUCCACUGCCUGUUAGUCUAUAGAAGAGAGGAAACAAUAUUGAGCUAAAUGCCGCUGGUAUAGAUGAAGUAUGGAAGCAGAUCAGGGGUCAUUUUACUCUCUAUGCUGAGGUCAAUAGACAGCUUGUCAAUAGUGAUUAAUUUUGCCUGAUCAUGUUCUUCUGUCAAGUGCAAAGCCCCCUCUUGCCUUUUGGGGGUCCUCUGCAAGAUUUGGUUGCAACAGGGGUGGCAGGUUCCCCUAACGGCCGCAGGGCCUUACGCUCAGCGCGUAGUCUCCGUAUAGGCAGAGGCGGCACUGGUCAAGUGUCUUUAGUGUAAAGCUCUAAACUCUAGACUCACUCAAAGGAUAUAGCUUUCAUAGUCAUGAGUGUGAUCUGUGAAACCUCUCUCUUUCCUAAAUUCUCCUGACAGUGACACUGCUCUAUCAUAAUCUGUGACAUAACUUACUUAGUGUGUACUCCUUAUGUAUAUGGGCAGUGUACAAUGUUAAGUGUUUGCAGGUCAUAAUGUAUGAGAUGCUUAUUAUUGUUUUGAGCCACAACCCACAUCAAGGGGCUGUGUGUGUGUGUGUGUGUGUGUGUGUGUGUGUGUGUGUGUGUGUGUGUGUGUGUGUGUGUGUGUGUGUGUGUGUCGCCCCCAUACACAGCUGCCUCAUGACUGUUGGAUGACGUUAGUUUAUGCUGUAAAUAUGGCUCUUCAUCUAGGGAAACCCAUCCGGCCAAGUACUGAACAGGGAGGUUCCUUGGCUCAAACUGAAAUGGCAGUCAGAGGAGCUUGGCUUUAUUAAGCAUCAUAGGAAAAAGGGAAAUAAGUCUGCAGAUUCUUCUUCUUGUCAGAUAAUGAAAGAUAGUUCUGCUGCUGGUUUUUGUCAUCAUUAUCUCAGUCUGUGUUAUUGUAGUUUGAGACCCCUGUGGGCCAUAUAUGUGUGUUUGUUAGUGAAUGUAUCUUUAGCUGGAAGGAAAGAGAGGGGGGAAGAAUGGUAUGUGGUGGAGGACGAGGAGCAGCUGUGUGUGUUUGUGUGUGUGUGUGUGUAUGCGCGCGCGUGUGUGUGUGUCUAAAGAGAUUGAGUUCAUGGGAACAAGAGGUCAUGUCUCUUGACAGUACUCUUGUAGCUACACUCUUGGCUGAGGAACAACAGAAAGUCCAAAGUAACACUUUUCAAAAGCUCCUGACAUGCCUCACGUCUUCCAUUAUAGUUUUUGUUUAAUGUAACAGGCUGUUGCUGGGAGUUGUCAUAUUAGGACAUAUCUUGAAGGUAUUGCAGAUUUGAACUCCUACUAGAUUGUUAUGUAAUAGGCCUAUUUCCCCUAGUGGAGGCACAUAGAGGAUGGAAGUACAUACACAGAGGACAGGGCCCUGAAUGCUGUGUCAUCCCAAUGAAGAACAUAUAUUUCCAUUCUAACAUGAUGUUUUCCCCUCUCUCUUCCAGCCAAUUGGAUCCCAUUGAUAGCAAAUGCGAAUAUGUGAAGGUAAGAUCUUUUACCUCCUCCUCACUACUAAUCUAAUAUGGAUAUUUUUAUUAUAAAUGGUUCUUUUGAGACAUUCUCUCGAACAUAAAACUCAGAGGAGCCUGCUUAGCAUGGCAAAACUUCCUAUAGAGUGUGUUGUUUUUAGAAUCCCCUCUCUUGCUGUGUUUGUGUGGAACCAGGAGAACUGUGGUGGGGAUCACAGUGUGCGCAGCGGUCAAGCUCUAAUUGAAUUAGGAUCGGUGACAUAAAAGAGUUGGGAAGCCUGCUCAUUCCAGAGGAAUAGUUUAGAGCUGACUGGGUAACUGUGGGCAACUGAGCCUGAUCUGGAUAUGACUGGUUAUGCCUAGUGGAGAGGGAAAGACUGAAGGAAUUCAGAUACAUUCACUUGUUAUCAUUGGAUCCUCUCUAACUUGACAACCAUACAAUUUUAUGCUUUAUUUUAUCAAUAUAUAUUACAUAUAAAAAAUUAUAUAUAUAAAAAAAAGUACAAUAAAAAUACUAUUGUAAAAAAUAAUAACAUUUAUAAAAGAAAUAAAAGAAAAGUGAGUUACUCCCCCCCCCCCCCAAAAAUAAAAAUUUAAAUAAACACUUGCCAGCAGCAUACCACCCUGCAUCCCAAUGUUGGCUUGCCCCUGAAGCUAAGCAGGGUUGGUCCUGGUCAGUCCCUGGAUGGGAGACCAGAUGCUGAUGGAAGUAGUGUUGGAGGGCACUCUUUCCUCUCGUCUAAAUGUUUUUGUCCCAUGGCAGUGAUUGGGGACAUUGGCCUGUGUAGGGUGCUGUCUUUCGGAUGGGACGGUAAACAGGUGUCUUGACUGUCUGUGGUCACUGAAGAUCCCAUGGCACUUAUUGUAAGAGUAGGGCGUUAACCCCGGUGUCCUGGCUAAAUUCCCAAUCUGGCCCUCAUACCACCAUGGUCACCUAAUCAACCCCAGCUUCCAAUUGGCUCAUUCAUCUCCUGUAACCAUUCCUCAGGUUGUUGCAGUAAAUGAGAAUGUGUUCUCAGUCAACUUACCUGGUAAAAUAAGGGUUAAAAAACAUUAUAUUUAACUGUUUUUGUAUUUAAAAUAACACUUUCCCUCCUUGAAAUGCGAAAUUAUCUUGAUGCAACAAACCGGUAUGUCAUUAAUUAAAUCCAAAGUAUUCAUGAGAGUUCUAGGUCUGUAGGUCUCUUCAAGUGUUUUUGGACCAAUGCCAAUCAGCCUGAUUUGCACAAGGUCCCAUGGGACAAACCAUUCAAUAGAGGGAAAAGUUUUUGUUUGAGAAAACAACAUGUCACCUACUGUAGGCGAAGGCUUGAGAAGGGAACAGUCGUUAGGACCAGUAGAUCCGCCCAUUUAAAAUGAAUUCCAAGAAACAUUUAAACAAGUGGUGAUUGGAGGGUCAGGGUGCUUGAUCUACUGUAUCUGGGAGACUGUGUGUAAAGAGGUGACAGAGCUUGGCUGACUGAUGGCUAAGCUACACAAUAACGUUACCGCAACAACCUGCCCAAGACUGCGCUCUGGUGAAAUGCCAGUGUGGGAAUACCCAACUUUUCUUCUCUACCCUUCCCUGCUUCACUCUAUCUACUGUAUUUCACAACAGACUAACCGGUGGAAAGGCUGCAAAGUGACUUGUUUCCACUGUCUGGUGCUGAAUCUACGUAGAUAACUGUUGUUUCACAGGGGUUAUGAAGUAGAUUUUUUUUUUCAUCUCUUCUCUACGUCUUACCUUUGCUUCCUAUGUCUUUUAAGUUCUCCAAGGAGAGGUUCUGGUUGGACGUCCCAUCUGAGAAGCUGCGCAGAGAGCUGGAGGAGGAGCUGAAACUCAGCAGCAGCAACCUGCUGAGCCACGGCUGGUACCAUGGACACAUCCCCUGGGAGGUGAGGCUCCCCUGCUCCCUCAAACGCACGUACCCACGCAUGACAUUCUUAAUCAUCUCUAGCUCUCCUUAACUGAUGUGUCUUUGAUUGGCAGGUGUCAGAGACUCUGGUGUUGCACCAUGGUGACUUCCUCAUCCGAGACUCUCUCUCCAGCCUGGAAGACUAUGUGCUGACCAGCCGCUGGAACCACAACACCCUGCACUUCCUAAUAAGCAAGGUCCUGCUUCAGACCAGUGAGACCUACACCCGGGUCCAGUACACCCUGGAGGGAGAGGCCUUCGACUCCGUGCCUGCUUUGGUUCACUUCUACGUGGGGAACAGGAUGGUUUUGACUCAUCAGAGUGGGGCUCAGAUCCACAGUCCCGUUAAUCGUACAUUACCACUACACUACUUGGAGGCAGCCUUCACUCUGGCCAACCACAAGGGCUAUCUGAACUCUCCCUCCUGUCAGAAAGAGGCUCUGGUCAAGAGCCGGAGUGGGAAUGUGAUGGACAAGAUCUGCCCGCUGAGGUGAGACUUGUUCUCAUCUGCACUGUCAUCUGUUCUUUUGAAUACAACACCAGUUUGGCUGUGAGCAGUGAAUUUAUGCUUCAAAUAUAGUUUGUUGAUUUUGACUAAAGGUGUGUGUGUGUGUGUGUGUGUGUGUGUCUACAGCCCUUCUACUGUUCACCACAGGGAGGCAGUCAGGAGCUGUAGCUUCAACUUGGAUCAGAUUGAGAAAAUCCAUCAGCCCUCUUCACCUAUUGGAGAGAACCCACUCCCUUCACCAAUCAGUGAGUUUAGAAACAUGUAUGGGGAUGUUUUUGUGCAGCAAAACAUCACCAGCACUACAUUCACAAGAUCAAAGAUAUGCACUGUGAGAGUGCCACAUAACAACUCUUCAAUUGCUUCCCAGUGACUUACGUUUCAAAUAAAAAAACCUCCAUGGGAAAGGACUGACAUAAUAUACUUACAUUUGUAUUUAUUUAAUUGUUUACCCUUAUUUUACCAGGUAAGUUGAUUGAGAACACAUCUUCAUUUACAGCAACGACCUGGGGAAUAGAUACAGGGGAGAGGAGAAGGGGGAUGAAGUGUGACAUAGUGUGAUAUUGUGUAACUCAUUAUUGAGGAAUUUCCUCUGCUUGUAUCUGAAGUCAACCAGCAGCCCAGGAGUCCACAUGUCAUCAGAGUGCCAGGGGUGGCUCCCUCUCCAUCUGUCUCCAGACGCUCCAGCAGCAGGACCCAACCCUUUCCUUCACCCUCCCCCAACAACAACACAAAACAGACCACCAGAGUCCAGGCCUCCCCAACCCACAUAUAUCUGAUUCCAGACACAGAUAGCAGCUACAGCCAGCUCUGUCCUGCCACCCCACCAGCUCAGAGUUAUGUGAAGCGGCUGUGUGCGGAAGAGGAGGGUCUGAGUGUUGUAGACCCUGUGAAGGAGGAGAAUGUGUAUGAGGUCCCUAUAGUGGAAACAGCCUCUGCCUUCCGGCCUAGUAGGUACCAGUCCCCACUGAUGCCCAAGGAGAACAGGCCCCUGGAGGUGGGGGUGCUGAGGAGGGUCAAGGAGCUGCUAGCCCAGGUGGAUGCCAAGACAGCGGCUAAACACAUCACCAAGGCUGACUGCAUGGUACUGACACACACACAUACACUCCCUCAUUGUACAACCCAAACACAUCCUUUUCUUACCAUGUUUCUGGUCCUCAGGUCGCCAGGAUAUUGAACGUGACUCCAGAGAUGCAGAGGAAGAUGGGUGUAAGUUCUGGGAUGGAGCUACUGACCCUCCCACACGGUCACCAACUCCGUCUGGACCUGCUGGAAAGGUGAGGACUGGCAUUACUUUUCACAUUGCUUUACACGCUUUUUGGUUUUUUUCCUGAUUUUUUGCUGUGUCUGUGUCAGCUUCCUUGUAUUUAUAAAUUCACCAGUUUAAUUGAAGUCUUUGUAAAGUCUCUGUUUUCUCUGCACCUCGACUAUCCCCCUAUCAUCCAGGUUCCAGACCAUGUCCAUCAUGCUAGCUGUGGAUGUGCUGGGUUGUACUGGCAGCACUGAGGAGAGAGCUUCCCUGCUGCACAAAACCAUCCAAAUGGCUGCUGAGCUCAAGAGCAACCUGGGCAACAUGUUUGGCUUCGCCGCAAUCAUGAGAACCUUAGAGCUGCCACAGGUACAGCACAUACGGAUGGGCAUUGGAACUGGAGAGUUACUCAUACAUAACUACUGUAACUGUAGUAUGUGGAGCAGUUUACAAUUAGGGGAGGUAAAGCAUGAGUUAUAUUGAUCAGUGCAUUGAUGAGCAUUUAUCUUCUUUACCUCUCAGAUCUCCCGUCUGGAGCAGACGUGGAUGGUGUUACGCCAGCGACACACAGAGGGCGCUAUCCUCUAUGAGAAAACCUUGAAGCCUUUCAUGAAGCGCAUGAACGAUGGGAAAGGUACUUCAUUCUAAUUUCUCCCCAAUGACAUUUAGCCUACAUUCCCUAAAUAGUCUCUUUCUUUUAACUAGAGCCUAGGGAAUAGGGUGCCAUUUCUGACACACCCAUUGUCUCACCCCUUAAGAGCAGUGAAUGCAAACAUUGACCUUAGUGAGAGUAUACUGUAUGUCCAAUGCAAUGCCUAAUUGACCUCUUCCUCUCCUCUCUUUUUUAGAGAGCUGUGCAUUAUCCAACACAUCUUUCCCCCACGUGGUGCCCCUCCUGUCCCUCCUGGAGAAGAGUGUGGCGAUGGCAGAUGGGGCGGAGCCGUGGGAGACGGUGGAAGCGGGGAUGGAUGUGGUGAUAAGUCAUCUGGCGGUGGCACGUACCAUGGCACAACUGGGGGGCAACUACUGCUCCAACGCAGAGAACAAACUACAGGGUAAGAGGGUGGGAGUAGGUCUUUGUACUAUGUUCACCAGAACUAUAUUGAGAUACAAACUUGAAAUACAGACUAAAACUAUGUUUAGCUAUAGACUAAAUCUAUGUUGAAAUACAGACUAAACUAUGUUUAGCUAUAGACUAAAUCUAUGUUGAGAUACAGACUAAAACCAUGUUGAGAUACAGACUAAAACCAUGUUGAUAUACAGACUAAAACCAUGUUGAUAUACAGACUAAAACCAUGUUGAGAUACAGACUAAAACCAUGUUGAGAUACAGACUAAAACCAUGUUGAGAUACAGACUAAAACCAUGUUGAGAUACAGACUAAAACCAUGUUGAGAUACAGACUAAAACCAUGUUGAGAUACAGACUAAAACCAUGUUGAGAUACAGACUAAAACCAUGUUGAGAUACAGACUAAAACCAUGUUGCGAUACAGACUAAAACCAUGUUGCAAUACAGACUAAAACUAUGUUGAGAUACAGACUAAAUCUAUGUUGAAAACAGACUAAAACUAUGUUUAGCUAUAGACUAAAUCUAUGUUGAAAUACAGACUAAAACUAUGUUUAACUAUAGACUAAAUCUAUGUUGAGAUACAGACUAAAACCAUGUUGAGAUACAGACUAAAACCAUGUUGAGAUACAGACUAAAACCAUGUUGAGAUACAGACUAAAACCAUGUUGAGAUACAGACUAAAACCAUGUUGAGAUACAGACUAAAACCAUGUUGAGAUAGACUAAAACCAUGUUGAGAUACAGACUAAAACCAUGUUGAGAUACAGACUAAAACCAUGUUGAUAUACAGACUAAAACCAUGUUGAGAUACAGACUAAAACCAUGUUGAGAUACAGACUAAAACCAUGUUGAGAUACAGACUAAAACCAUGUUGCAAUACAGACUAAAACUAUGUUGAGAUACAGACUAAAUCUAUGUUGAAAUACAGACUAAAACUAUGUUUAGCUAUAGACUAAAUCUAUGUUGAGAUACAUACUAAAACCAUGUCAAGAUACAGACUACAACCAUGUUGAGAUGUGGACUAAAUCUAUGUUGAGAUACAGAUUAAAUAUAUGUUGUGAUAUUAAGUAUUUCAUAAAAGUUUGCCACCACGACACCAACACAAUUUACCACGUAUAUGAACACCAUAUUCAUGGUGUUGUUGGAUAUGUAUGAAUUAGAUUUUAAUGGUGAUUUCUUUAUGUUGUUGUGUGUUGUUGUGGACAUACAGGGUUCCAGGAGCAAGCUGAGGUUCUAGAACUCUUCCUCACAGAGUUCCAGAUGAGGUUGCUGUGGGGGAGUCGGGGGGCGGUAGAGAACCAGGCAGAGCGAUACACCAAGUUUGACCAGGUGUUGACUGCCCUGUCCAACAAACUGGAGCCCCCCAUUCAGCACAGUGACCUUUAACCCCAACCCUCAUUGGACUUGAAUGGGUCUUUAUCUUGCCUUUGUCUCUUGAAAUGAGAAGCAACUCCAGUCACGUACUCAGUUUCAACUGACAUGGCUGUACCAGGAAGACUGAGUCAGGACAUUUUCUUUUUCUUUAUGGUUCUCUUAAGAGGCGCUAUGAGAUGGCUUAAGUUCAUGGUUCUGUGUAAUAAGGUAGGCUACUGAUGCUGCUUUAUCAUUUCACAUAAAAAUGUGCUUCAUUACACAGACUUGUGCUGUGAAAUAGUAAACAGAGAAUCAUGCUCUGUUUGCAUAUGGCCUGUCCAAGGUUGUUGCUGCUCCUUUCAAUAUAAAAUACCACCAUUAUAGAAAUGCUUAUGAGGCUGUGCCUUAUGUAUGAGAGAAUAAUAUGAAGUAGAUUUGGUCAUGUCUUUGCCAGUAUCAAUAAAUGUUGCUCUUGUAUGUUAUAAUAAGCCUGCUUAUGAAGGCUGCGCCUUACUUAUGAGACUAACUAGCUUAUAACAAGAAGGAAAUUGUGUUCUUUGCUCAGUAGCACUAAGUGGGAAUUGUAUUUGUUACAUUAAUCAUGGUACACAGAGAGUGCAAAGAGUGCAUUCAGUCAGGUAAUAUUCAUGGUCAAUCAAGACUUGCAUUUCAAAACCUAUUUAGCACAUCAUAGUAAACUCUGUCGUGUGUACAUUAACUUAUACUCUAACAUUACUUACAUUAAACAGAACAUUUACUUGCUUAUAACUUAUUAUAAGUCAAUAUGUUUGUAAGAUAUGUAGGGAAAGUGUUAAAAUGAAUAAUGCCACUAGUAUUUGUUGUCCUAGUUCUGUGAUCAGUGAUGAGAGACAAGAAAACCAACCACUACUGCUCAAUCAUGUAUGAUACUGUAUACAUCACUAUGCAAUACAUAUUUACUUAUGGUGCUAUUCACAAAAAUGUGUCUUUAACUUAUGUUUAGCAUUAGUGUAUUUGAUCAUUAAUUCGAUCAAGCUGCCAUUACAUCAGAACAUGCUUUGAUAGGGUCAGUUAUAAAAAAAAUGCACUGAUCUUAGUUCCAAAGGUGCAAAUUAUUUAAUGAUAUGUUUGUAAUCCAAGCCUAUUUGUCCAUGUAUUCAAUGUAAAUGUAAUGGAUAUAUUGACUGACCUGACCAUAUGAUAAACCCUCAUUCUAUAUAGGUGCUAUAAAACAGAUAUACACAGAAAUGUUGUAAUAUAAUUGAAUAAAAAUCAUUUAUUG